GGCAUUUUACUUUACUGCAAAAUCUGUGCGGGUCUCCAACAGUCAAAACCAAAAUGACCUUUAAUUUUAAACUCCAAAGAUCCACACAGAUACUGUAGUUGCAUAGCGUUGCUCGAUCGCUAACAAAAAAAACAUGCUAAAAAGUUGACAGAUUUCAGAGCUUAGAUUGAUAGAUAGUUAGAUAGGUUAAACAUACCAAAAGGUAAAAAUGGAGUUUACUGAAGCUUAUAAGCAGACGGGUCCUUGUUGUUUCUCUCCAAACUCCCGUUACAUCGCUGUUGCUGUCGAUUACCGUCUCGUGAUUCGUGAUACGCUCUCUUUUAAGGUUGUGCAGUUGUUUUCAUGCUUGGAUAAGAUAAGCUAUAUAGAAUGGGCAAAUGAUUCUGAGUACAUCCUUUGCGGUCUGAAUAAAAGACCGAUGAUACAAGCAUGGUCAUUGACUCAACCUGAGUGGACAUGCAAAAUAGAUGAAGGUCCUGCUGGUAUUGCAUAUUCUAGAUGGAGUCCUGACAGCCGGCAUAUACUUACCACUUCAGAUUUUCAGUUGAGGUUAACAGUUUGGUCGCUUUUGAACACAGCAUGUGUUCAUGUCCAGGGGCCAAAGCAUUGCUCUAAAGGGGUUUCUUUCACUAAAGAUGGGAAAUAUGCUGCAAUUUGUACGAGGCGUGAUUGCAAGGAUUAUGUAAAUCUACUGUCAUGUCAUACAUGGGAAAUAAUGGGUGCGUUUGCUGUUGAUACAUUGGACUUAGCUGAUAUAGAGUGGUCGCCGGAUGAUAGUGCUAUAGUAAUAUGGGAUGCACCACUUGAAUUCAAGGUUCUAAUUUACUCCCCAGAUGGGAGAUGCCUAUCCAAGUAUCAAGCAUAUGAAAGUGGACUGGGUGUAAAAAGUGUUUCGUGGUCGCCUUGUGGCCAAUAUCUAGCUGUGGGUAGUUAUGAUCAGAUGUUGCGAGUUUUGAAUCACUUAACUUGGAAAACAUUUGCUGAAUUCAUGCACCUAUCCACUGUCCGUGGUCCUUGUUGUGCUGCUGUUUUCAAGGAGGUAGACGAGCCAUUGCACCUCAAUAUGUCUGAGUUAUGCUUGAGUGAUGAGUUUCUCCAAGGAAAUUCUGAUGUUUCAGAAGGACACUUCAGAGUCAUGUACGAUGUUACUGAAGUACCUAUUAGCUUGCCUUUCCAGAAGCCUCCUGCAGACAAACCGAAUCCUAAACAAGGCAUCGGUCUUAUGUCAUGGAGUAAAGACAGCCGAUAUAUUUAUACACGUAAUGAUAGCAUGCCAACUGCUCUGUGGAUAUGGGAUAUACGCCAUCUAGAGCUUGCUGCCAUCUUGGUGCAGAAGGAUCCCAUACGAGCAGCAGCAUGGGACCCAACAUGCACACGUCUUGUUCUCUGUACUGGCAGCUCUCACUUGUAUAUGUGGACCCCAUCAGGUGCUUACUGCGUGAGUAAUCCUCUACCACAGUUUAACAUAACUGAUUUGAAAUGGAAUUCAGAUGGAAGUUGCCUCCUCCUCAAAGACAAGGAGUCGUUCUGCUGGGCGUCUGUGCCCUUAUUUCCAGAAUCUAGUGAAUAUAGUUCAGAUGACUGAGGCAUGUCUCCAUUUUUUAAUCCAGGUGGCUUGCAAACUUAACAAAAAAAAGUAUACUACAAAAACAGGGCAUCAGUGUUUAACCAAAUAUUUCGAUUCUCCUUAUCUCUGUUUUUAAUAUGUCAGAAGUGAAAAACUUGAAGAACCAUAACUCGAUUUCCGAAAGAGUAUACUCGUGACACAGGUUUGGCCAGUCUCGGGGUGUGUGUGUGUCAAGACAAUGGCAAAACGAAUGAAACUAUGGCAAACGACAUUUAUCCCGUGUCAAGACAAAUCAAUAACGGAAGUCAAAUAUAUACCAACAUUUGUUGAGUUUCAUGGAAUCAGCUAUCCCUUGGCGAAGCUGCAAGUAAACUGUGAUAGAAACAAAGCAAGCAUAUACCGUAAGUAUGCUUUUUUCGUGUGAUAUUACUAUGUUUCUUAAUUCUGCUUCUUUCAUUGAACUCUUGUCAAAUGUUUGUAUUUUGUGAGCAGGACUGCAUGCAAUAAACCCUACCAUACACGGCAUUUUUUAUGAUAUAUCACAGCUUUGUAAUUAGGUAACAUUUCAAACAUUAGUUUAAUGAAUUCCAUGCCAUGUCAUUAAGUUUCGGCUAACCUUGUACAGGACAAAUCAAGGAUCAAAAGUCAAAACUGUAAUAAUUAACAUCGUGUAGUUACAUGGAAACAAUCUAUUAUAUGGUCGCUUCCCUUCUUGUUUAUAA